AUGAUUGUAUUAUCGGUUGAAAUCCGUAAACCAAUUGCCGAUCGUUUUGGCAAAAAACUAAUCGCAAAUGAAGGGACUGUUGGAACCAAUGAAGUGAUCAUUCGCUCAAAGGCUAGGAUAUUAAGACAGAUAAACCCAAACUCUCCCAAUCCGGGAGGUAAUAGUCAAAGCGGUUCCGGUGUCAGCGGUGGUCACACUAUGCCUACAACUCCUGUAACGACGCCAUUGAGUACCACAACUGGAAGUGUUAGUAACGAUACGACAACUUCUAUGGCGAGUAAUACAAUGGGAACGGCAAACCCCGGAGUCGGUGCUGGAAGUGCUGAUUAUUUAACGGCUGAGACCCAGAGUGUGACCGAAACGACGACAACAAAGUCGACCAGUAGUCCAUCGGUUUGGCCCGUAUUUGCCAUCUCUUUUAUAUUUGUGUUUUCUAUUAUCGUUGGUCUCAUUUGGGUUUUAAAAGGUUUUUGUGAAAUAAGAGCUAAUGAAGAGUUAGAAGAGACUCGAAUCGGUGGUAAGACAUCAACUGAGGCCAAAAGAAAGGCCAGUAAAAGCCUUAUAGCUGUGAAAGAAAAGGGUCCGACCGGUGAUCACAAGAAACCGGUGCCGCCGACCAAAGACAAAGAGGUGACCACGAGAUCCAAUACACAGGCGAUUACCACUACAACAGAAGACAAAAGCGGUGCCACAAAGGACUCAACGGCUGCGACAAUACAUUUAAAAUCGCCCAAAAGUCCGGACAAACAAUCGGCGACCGAUAAGAGUCCUGUUUCCAGUCAGGACACCAGUAGUCCCGCACCGGGAGGUUCAGCCCCAACACCGGCUAAUGCCGUGCCCUCAAAGCCGGGCUCUAAAACUGGUUAA